AUGUGAUCUUAUAAUAACACCGGGAAGAUAGAUGUUCAACUCAAAAAGGAAGCAGUGAUAGUGGCAUCAAACAUCUUUUAUGAUGAUGAAUGUCGAGUUUGCCGUUUGCUUUGAUUCUUGCAUGUGUUGAUAUAAUUGUGUCAUGAUCUUUUCUAUAGUUUUAAUAAGUGUUAUUUAUGAAUCAAUUCAACAAACAGAAAUGUCUUAGGAUAAUUAUUUGUCUAUAUACAUUGCAUGUCUUCUUCUUGAAUUCCUUUUGCAGAACCUUUUUCUCUUAUUGCUUAAUCGGAUUAGGCAACCAGGCAUGCAGAAAUGGAAGCCAUUGAUAUACUGAUGGAGCAAUGGCAGAUGGAAGGGCUGGAUUUCGAACAAGUUGCAAAGAGAUUUUCCACAUGUGAUCUCUAUGUGACAUGUGAACCGUGUAUAAUGUGUGCAGCAGCAUUGUCCAUUAUUGGUAUUAGGGAAGUUUAUUAUGGUUGUGCUAAUGAUAAAUUCGGAGGAUGUGGUUCUAUCUUGCCUUUGCAUGAAGGCGCUUCGCUUGAAUUUUCUAGCAGCUCCUCUUCUAAAGCACGGGCCUUCAAAUGCACUGGAGGGAUCCUUUCAGCAGAAGCUGUAGCUCUUCUACGUAGUUUUUAUGAACAAGGGAAUCCUAAUGGAGCGAAGCCCCUUUCCUCUUGUGGUAGUGACUGGUACCCCAAGCGAUGGAAUGAGCUCAUAGCUCCAAAGCCCCAUAGGCCAGUUCGAGCCUCUCAGUUCCAGCUGGGAAUUGGUUCUUCUGUAGAUCACUAGCUUCAUAUCAAUGUUUUAUGACUGGUAAUUCUAAUCUAUAUGAGAAAAUUUCUUUGAGCCAAGCAGUUUCCCUAUUCAUUUCAUGAUGUAUAAUCUUCAUAUAAUUAGGUAUUACUGUCCCUUUAAAGCAGAUAUUGGUUCUCAUCAGAUCUUUUGAUAGCAAGGACUGCAUGUUUGAACUUGUUAAACAAAACUCGCAGUUUUUGCUAGUUAAAAUAGUAAUGAUGUGGCUCAUCUUGAUUUGUUGGUUGAGAGCUUUGACUAUCAAUUAAGAGGUCUUGAAUUUGAGUGGUGUUCUGUGCGAAUUUGUCUUAA